AUGGCCAAGGUAGCCCUGAUCACUGGUGGCUCGUCGGGUAUCGGCCUUGCCUUGGCCAAGCACCUGGUUGCAAGAGGCUGGGAUAUUGUCCUCGCCGAUCUGCAGCCUCCCAAGGCGAGUGACGACCUACCCAAGGACCGGACUCUCUACAUUUCUACCGACGUAGCAUCUUUCGAGAGCCAAGCCCGCAUACGACCGAGACGAUAUAUUCGCCUCAAUCGACCCCUCCAACCCUCCCCAGAAGCCCGACAUGUGACCUUCGAUGUCGAUCUCUUCGGCGUAUACUACGGCAUCAAACUCUACGCCCACUACGCCGCCCGGAAUCCAACACCAGGAGGAAAGAUAAUCAUCACAUCCAGCGCCGCCGGUUUCUAUCCUAACCCAGCCAUACCCCAAUACGCAGCAGCCAAGCACGCACUCAUCGGCUUGGUGAGAUCACUAGCACCUCAUUCGGCUCGUCACAACAUCACUAUCAACACUGUUGCACCAACUUUUGUCAACACCAACAUCGAACCCAAAGAGGUCAAGGGGGCAAUUAGCGCCGAGCACCAAACACCCAUGUCCGUAAUCAUCCAGGGCUUUGAUGAGCUCAUGGAUGAAGAGAAGGGGCACAACGGAGCCGCAGUGGAAGGCUGUCAGGAUGGUCUGUAUUAUCGGCAGCCCAUUGAAGUAGUUUCCCCGUCCGCGAAGCGCUUGAGAGAGGCAGGCGAUAUGCAGAAGUGGGUUGAGUUGUAUGUGCAGAGGAAUGUUGAGAGGAUGCGGAGGUCCCAAAAGGCCAGGUGA